CCAAUGUUAAAACUAUAUCUUCAAGAACAGCCAUUAAGUAGUCUUCAUCCUUUGCUAAAUAACCAAUCACGUCUUAAUUAUUUAAUUGAAAAAGAUAAAUGGUCAAGAUAUCCAUUUGGACAGGAUAUAAUUG